CCAAAAUGAAGAGAGAAAGAGAAGCUUUGUCCAGAGUUCUCAGCACUCCGGGUUUUGUACAUAUCGUUUGCCUUUUUGUAAUCUACUAUGCAGAGCUGAUAGACGGAGUCAAUAUCACCAGUCCGGUAUUACUGAUUCAUGGUACCGUUGGGAAGCCCGCCCUGCUCUCUGUGAAAUACACCAGCACAAGCCAUGACAAGCCUGUGAUCAAGUGGCAAGUGAAACGCAACAAGGCGGCGACAGUGGUGCAAUCCAUUGGCACAGGGAUCAUAGGGAACCUACGCCCAGAAUAUAGAGAUCGGAUAAAAAUCUUUGAAAAUGGCUCCCUUCUGAUCAAUGAGUUGCAGUUAUCCGAUGAAGGGAUCUACGAGGUGGAAAUCUCCAUUACGGAUGACACAUUUACGGGCGAGAUGAACAUUAAUCUUACAGUGGACGUUCCGGUUUCAAAGCCUCACGUUGCCUUGGCCUCCUCAACUGUGCUGGAGCUGAGUGAAUAUUUCUCUUUCAAUUGUUCCCACGAGAAUGGCACUAAGCCUAGCUAUACAUGGAUGAAGGACAACAAGCCUCUUAGCAAUGACUCUCGGCUGAUCCUCUCCCAUGACCAAAAGAUCCUCACCAUCACUAGAGUUCUGAUGGCCGAUGAUGACACUUACAGCUGUCUGGUAGAGAACCCCAUCAGCAAAGGACAAAGUGUUCCUGUAAAACUGACCGUGUACAGAAGGAGCUCCCUCUAUAUAAUCCUGUCCACCGGGGGAAUUUUCCUUCUUGGUACCUUAGUGACCGUUUGUGCCUGCUGGAAACCAUCCAAGAAGAACAAAAGAAAACUAGAGAAGGAAAGUUCCUCAGAAUACCUGGACCAGAACGAAGAACACUUAAAACAUGAUGUUGAGGUUGUUCCUAGAAGUAGCGAACAUGAACGCAAGAAUCCAAUGGCUUUGUAUAUCCUGAAGGACAAGGAUUCUCCUGAAGCUGAAGUGGAAUCCAUCCCUGACUCCAGAGAAGCAAUUCAACCUUCGCCACCCAGCUACUCCAGUUCUCCACCUCCUCCUGCUAGAUCCCCUGGACUGCCGGUUUGGGCUGCCCGUAGACACCAUCGCUCCCCUGCCAGGUCUCCGAUCACUUCCAGAACACAGAGCUCCCCCACCAGGCCGCCCAGCUCACCUGGACGGGCCCCAAAUGCCACUCGCUUGGUUCGGACUGCAGGGCCUCAUCUUAUCCGAGAGCAACAGGGAGAGCCCAACACCAUGGAAAUCAAUGCUUAAAGACAGCUGACAGAGUGUAUAUAUGUGCCUGUGUAUAUAGAGACAGCUCCCUUUCCUGUGACUGUUUCCAGAGGUAGCAGUAAGUGAACUCUAGGCAUUUUUGCACAUGCCAAUGGGUUUUUCCUAGUAAAUGGAAGAAGUUUGGAUCCUGUUUCUAGAUUAAAAAGUGAACCCCAGUGUUUCCACUGAUUACCUGGACUUGCUUUAUGUAAUUACGGUAGGUUUGAUGCUCCAAAGUUCUGCAUGUUUCAUGAGCAUGAUCACUAACUUGCUAUCUGUAACAUCUGCCAAACAACGUACAAUUAUUGCUUCAGCCUUUUUUAUUUGAAAAAAAAUGGUGAUGACCGACUAGUUGCCAUAAAAUCUGGUGAUUCCAUCCAAACCUUGUGAGACUUAUGAAUGUAUUGCUAACAGGUAGGAGAACUGAAAGACUACACAGUUGCUACUUCUAACAGUGAAGAAAGUAUGUUUGGAGUGCAGUUUUAUCUGUGUUUAUUCCUAGAUGUUGCAUUCAAUCCAGUCUGAGUUAUACAUAGUUAAGGAG